GACCGAAAGCUGCGAGUGGAAGAAAUUGAAGAGCUCAAAGAGGCCUUUCGGGAGUUUGACAAGGAUUGUGAUGGCUACAUCAGCUAUAAGGACUUGGGAGAAUGUAUGCGAACCAUGGGCUACAUGCCUACUGAAAUGGAACUCAUAGAAUUAUCUCAACAAAUUACUGGAGGGAAAGUGGAUUUUGAUGACUUUGUGGAACUGAUGGGCCCCAAGCUGUUGGCAGAGACAGCAGACAUGAUUGGGGUUAAAGAGCUGCGGGAUGCCUUCCGAGAGUUUGAUACAAAUGGUGAUGGGCAGAUCAGCAUAGCUGAACUACGGGAAGCAAUGCAUAAGCUCCUAGGGCAACAGUUGAACUACCAAGAGGUGGAUGAGAUCCUCCAGGAUGUUGAUUUGAAUGGGGAUGGUCUUGUGGACUUUGAAGAGUUUGUACGGAUGAUGUCUCGUUGAGAAAGACAAGCAGCAAUACAAGGAUGAAGUGCCUUGAGAGG